UAGGUGUCAUUUUAGGGUCUACUAGGUGUUUAUGUCAUCAUAGGGCUUCAAGUGUAUGCUAGUGUGGGGUCAGGCCAUAUGUGCAUACCUUUACAGGGUAAGGGACUUGGGUGUGUUGAGGAUUGGGCACAACAGGUGUUUUGACCUCACUGGGGUAAAGCUCCAGGCCAUUCUUAAUGGAAAUGUUGUUAAAUGGUCCAAAGCCCAUGUAUAUUUGGCUCCACAGGGUUCGGCAUCAAGGUAUUCUGUAGCAUCAUGGUUGAGAAGCUCCGUCUAUUUUCUUGGCAUCCAUUCCUGAUGGCUCUCGCUUUUUCCUUCAUUAUGACUCAAGCCAUUCUGCUAUUUUCUCCAGAGAGUUCCCUUAUUUUGUCCUACUCAAGGAAAAUCAAAGUCCGAUCCCACUGGGUGUUGCAGGGGCUGGCCACUGUGUGUGCCAUCCUUGGCUUGGCCGUUAUCAGCUAUAACAAAUAUCUGAAUGACAAACCACAUUUUACCAGCUGGCAUGGUCUGAUCGGGCUAGCAACUGUCCUGUACACUUGCCUGCAGUCUGCUGGUGGGGUGACACUGCUGUAUCCCAAACUAAUGAGGAAAUGGUCUCUGGCCAAACUGAAGUUGUAUCACGCCACCUCUGGACUGGUUGGCUACCUGCUGGGCUGCACCAGUCUGCUGUUGGGCAUGUGUUCAGAAUGGUUCACAGGGACAGUGGCUGGUGUUAGCUGGUAUCUGGCCAUUUGCUGCCCAGUUCUGUUGGCAUUGGUCCUCAUGAACCAAAUUACUAAUGCAUACCUGAGGAAAAAGAGGAUACAGCCUUAAAUAUACUUCCACGCUGGCAGCGGCUGCACAUCAGCUACUCGGACUCUUUCUAAUCCAUAAUUCCACCACAGGAGAAGUCUUAAAACCAACGAGUCAGUAUGCAAAGAAUCUUCUCAAUGCUGGUGAUUAAUGAUGAUGUGGAAACUACUGUCAGAUCAGUCCUAAUCCUGGAUUCUGCUGGAAAAUAAAAAAUUGGACCUGACCAAUGACUGGAUUGCUUCCCAGCUCGACUGAUUUUACUUGGCACCUGGUGAUGUAUUUUAGAGUGUUAGAGUAUCUUCAAGUGCCCUCCUUUGUGUUCCUCCUUGGCUGAUCAGCACGGCAAUGAAUAGUGCUGGGUUCCUUUAGUUCAUCCUCACUGGUUGAAGUCCAAGAGAAUAUUUUACAAAGUGGAAACCAAUGUACAUGUGAGACAAGAUGUUGCAUGAAGUGGAGUUCAGUGUUAAAGCCAAAAUCUCCAUUAUUGUUGUACAGUAUUUAAACUAAAACAUGUUUUGACCUCACGUUGGGAGAGAUCUAUUCUAAUAACCUGAAAUAAUUUAAAAUAUGUGAUUUAUAUCUCUGGUUAUUCAUAAGUCUUCAUUUCACAUAGUAUUAGGAUCCCUUCCACCCAUCUGAGUUCAGAGUUCCCGCACUGUAGUAAUUUACCACUCAGAAAAUUGAUAACCUCAGUCUUGAUUGAGAUGAGCUUUUUUUUAUUUAUUAACGUAGAUACAAUGUUAAUUGUGCUAUUUAAUUUUCUACCUUCACAUUCCAAACUCAUUGUCCUGCAAGUAUUUAAUCCUGUUUGCCUUCUGUGUGUUUUUCUGUAAAUGUUGCUUGUGAUGUAUUGUGUGAACGCUUUGCUCCAGUUGGCAUGUAUCGAAGUUAUAUUUUAUUGCUGAUUGAUCUUUUGAGUUGAGAGGAACAGCCUUUAUAGCAGUAGUAUGUUCUAUCUAAAUGUAUUUACAGACUGCUACACAACAUAUUUGAUAUUCAGUUCUGUCAAAGUCAAUAGACAAAAUACGGGCUGAAGUCGUUAAUGGACCAUCAAAAUGAUACCAUCUGCAUUAUGUCCAAACCACUGGUUUCACCACAUAGUCUGUCCUGGCUGUUCUUUGGCUCCAGUGAAUCACUUUCAGAUUAACAAACAAAUUAAAAGAUUAAGUUAUGGUGAGACCAUGUCUGAUCCUGUGUGUGUACAACUGUGUCCCUAUAAUUCUGUCUUCAAAAGAAUCAUAUCAUUCACAGUGGGAAGGAUCUUCUUGCUUGAAUCUUCUUGAUAGUGUUGUUACCAGCCCCUCGUGAUAUAUUUUGUUUGAAUUGCAACAGCUGAGGCUGGACUGUAUUCAGAAAGUAAUGAACCAGAAUGGUUGAGAUGUGCUGUCACCCUAAUUAAGGGAUGAUCUGAAAAGAAUUGUAACUCAAAGCAGAAACUCUUAUUACCUAGAAAAUUCCUGAAAAAAAUCAGACUAUCCUUUUGAUGAUGUAUGAUGCUCUAAUUUUCAUAUUUGAUGUGCAGGCCUAUCUUGACUGACUUGAAUCCCCCAAAUCCUUGGAUUGCUAAGGAGAGUUCUGCAGUGAAAUGGAUCAUAGUGGCCAAGUAAAUUCUAGGAGCACCCAAGCAUCAUAUGCAUAGUAUAGGCUAACCUGGUAGACAGUGGUUCUCUGUUUGAUUGGGUCUCAGCUUCCAACAGAGUUGAUAUCAAAGCAUCCUAUCAUCAAAGGAGGUUCAAUACAGAGUUAUCAGGGAUAUAUUCCUAUUGAUAAUGAUGUGCUUAAUAAUGAUUCAAAAAGAUUCAAUUAUUUCUGCUCAACUUGAAUUUUAUUACUAAUCUCUGGAUGAAUUUCUUUGAUUUACUGAAGCCAUUUGUACUGAGCCUUGUAGUCAGUGUGCACCCAAUAAAUACCUAUCUCUCGUAUGUCUAAAUGCUUUAUCAUGUGUUUACUCAGGCCCUGUAUAGGACAUGCUUACCCCAAAAAGACACUGCACAGGGAUAUUGCCUAAUUUUUAUGAACAAAGAAAGAAAACUUUCAGAUUCUCCCUUUCCUCUGACCAA